AUGAGUGGGACUGGUGCGAGCGCAGCCAGCGGCGCUGGUCUCUGGAAGAAGGCUGUAUCAGCUUUACUUGUUUACUUUUCGCUUAUUCCGACGGAUUCGGCAGCUUCUCAGUGCUUUAUGCAGCAGUACUCUCUCUGCACUAUUUCACUGACGAAAUAUGUUUUUAGCGAAUUCUUAGCGAUGAAGUUGAUGACACACAAUUUUCUAACAUCGAAGUUUCUCAAAGGUGUGGUUAAUGGGAGUAAACCUGCUAUUAUGUCAAAAAUCCGGGUGGCUGCUGGGGUUCCACCUGUAACUCUAUCCCCAAGUGACUCUAUGGUGAAAGGGUCAAAUACACUUGAUGCGGCAUCCGCGUCUCCCGACGCGCAUGAUACCCGGUGUUCAGACCAGAGAUACUGGCUAUAUCACUGUGGUGCUUCGAAUAACUCGGGACGGAAUGGCGUAGCGAUUGUCAUAUCUGACAAGGCAGAUGACCGUGAUAAAGACAAGUUCUAUGCGGAACUUCAACUGCUUACAAAGUCUCUGCCGAAACAUGACAUGAUCAUAAUCGGAGGAGACUGGAAUGCUCGCGUAAAUCAUAAUGCGAUGGCCUUAACAAUUGGUAAAUAUUGCAUCGCAGACUGGUGUGCCAAUGGGGAACGUCUUCUUCGCUAUGCCGAAGAGCAUGAACUUUUUAUUACUAAUACUUGA